AUGUUUAUGGCUAAAUUCAACAUCGUUGCAUUGCUUGCAAUUGCUGCUUUAUCAGUAGUGGAGGCUUCAGUCUCAGCAUCAAAUGCACCAUCAGUUCCACUUAAAUGGUUCGUGUUCAGAGAGGACUGCUUUGACACAUUUUUUGAGAAGAAAGACUUUUUUAAUAAGGAAUGCUUGAAAAUAACUAUAAGUAAAUGUAUCGGAUAUACCAUUAUCGCUGGAGCAUUUAUUAUAAAAGUUCCUCAAAUCCUGAAGAUCUUAAAGAGCAAAUCAGUUGAGGGUAUUUCUAAGUACCUAUAUUAUAUUGACCUACUGAUGUAUAUGAACUCUACUGGGUACAGUCUUCACAUGAAAAUACCUUUCAGUGUCAGUGGUGAGAACAUUAUUAUCCUGAUUCAACUCGCCAUUAUUGUUUUACAGUUUUGGACUUAUAGCAAAACAAUCACUGCUCUAGAAAAGUUUAUUUUAUCAGCAUUUUUCUUCGUUUACUCAUUUAUCCUAUUAAAUGACACACUUUUAAGCGAAGAAGCUUGGACUUUCAUUGCCCAAAUUAACAUCUUACUAUUGUGCUCUUCUAGACUCCCUCAAAUUUUCACUAACUUCUAAAACAAGUCAACUGGAAACCUUGCGUUUAUUACAUUCUUCCUUGGAUUUGGUGGAAGUUUGGCUCGUCUAGGAACCGUCAUUGUUGAGACCGAUGAUUUCGUUUUCCUGCUUGGCUUCGUUGUAGCAGUUUGUCUAAAUGGGAUAAUAGUCCUUCAAUUUAUUUUGUACUGGAACAAUUCUAAGCAUCCUAAGGUAGAUAAUACCAAAAAAGAGAAAAAAAACUAAUGA